AUGGUAAGCCCUCAUUGCUGCUUCCAAGCCAACCCCAGGGUGGAGGCCGUUCUCCUUCCUCCCGGCGACAAACGCUGCUGGUGGCACCCGACUGGUGAUUGUGAUGCACCAAGUACCCGGCAAGACGGAGCCACCUCCAUCCGAUCGAUCCGCAGCCUUGCUCCCCUCCUGGACCGUGUCCUGGUCCAGCGCGUCAAGGCCGAGGCCAAGACGGCCAGCGGCAUCUUUCUUCCCGAGUCGAGCGUCGAGAAGCUCAACGAGGCCAAGGUCAUGGCGGUCGGCCCCGGUGCCCUGGACAAGAAGGGCAACCGGCUGCCGAUGGGCGUCAGCGUCGGCGACCGUGUCCUGAUCCCCCAGUUUGGUGGUUCGCCCGUCAAGGCCGGCGAGGAGGAGUACCAGCUGUUCCGCGACAGCGAGAUCCUGGCCAAGAUCAACGAGUAA